GGGGGAGGAGAACUGACGUCAGCGGGAGAGUAUUAUGGUCUGUCGUGCGCUGGCUGCUGCUUUUCUGCUCCUGGAAGCGGCCAAGGGGGGAAGCGCCGAGUCAACAUGGAGCUUUCAGCGGUGGGGGAGCGGGUGUUCGCGGCCGAAGCCCUCCUGAAGCGGCGCAUCCGGAAAGGACGCAUGGAAUACCUCGUGAAAUGGAAGGGCUGGUCGCAGAAGUACAGCACAUGGGAACCCGAAGAAAACAUCCUGGAUGCUCGCCUGCUCGCAGCCUUUGAAGAAAGGGAGCGAGAGAUGGAGCUGUAUGGCCCCAAAAAACGAGGACCCAAACCCAAAACCUUCCUGCUCAAGGCCCAGGCCAAGGCAAAGGCCAAAACAUACGAGUUCCGAAGUGACUCAGCCCGAGGCAUUCGGAUCCCCUACCCAGGCCGCUCACCCCAAGAACUGGCCUCUACUUCCCGGUCCCGUGAGGGCCUUCGGAACAUGGGUCUUUCCCCACCGGGAAGCAGCAGCAGCACCAGCAGCACCUGCCGAGUGGAGCCCCCUCGGGACCGCGAGCGCGACCGGGAGCGAGAGAGGGAGAGGGAACGAGAGCGGGAGCGUGAACGGGGCACCAGCCGUGCAGAUGACAAACCCAGCUCGCCAGGUGACAGCUCCAAGAAGCGAGGUCCCAAGCCCCGGAAAGAGCUCCUAGACCCCUCACAGAGGCCCUUGGGAGAACCCAGUGAUGGCCUCGGAGAUUACCUCAAGGGCAGGAAGCUGGACGACACUGCUUCCGGGGCAGGAAAGUUCCCAGCUGGCCACAGCGUGAUCCAGCUGGCUCGAAGGCAGGACUCGGACCUGGCCCAGUGUGGUGUGGCCAGCCCUAGCCCCGCUGAGGCCACAGGCAAGCUGGCUGUGGACACCUUUCCGGCCAGGGUCAUAAAGCACAGGGCUGCCUUCCUGGAGGCCAAAGGCCAGGGCACCCUGGACCCUGGUGGCCCCCGGGUCAGGCACGGCUCAGGCACCCCUGGCUCUGUGGGGGGCUUGUAUCGGGACAUGGGGGCGCAAGGGGGAAGGCCCUCCCUCAUCGCCAGAAUCCCAGUGGCCAGAAUCCUGGGGGACCCAGAGGAAGAAUCCUGGAGCCCCUCUCUGACCAACUUGGAGAAGGUGGUGGUCACCGACGUGACCUCAAACUUUUUGACCGUCACCAUUAAGGAAAGUAACACGGACCAAGGGUUUUUUAAAGAGAAAAGAUGAAUAUCUGGGUGGGUGGUCCCAAGACCAGGGAGCAGGAGAGAGACAGUGCAAACUUGGCAUAAUGCUUUUUAUUUCUGGGUGGGGAGGCGGCCUUCUGGCUGGCCCUGUCCCUUCCCUACCUUCACACAACCCCUUUCCUUUCAUCCCUCCCCACUCAGUUUUGGUUGGAAAGAUUAUCUCUAGAGUUAUAUUUUCUAUUAGAUGUAAAUAUGUUAUUUAAGAAAAAAUAUCUAAAUAUAUAUAUUUCAACUCUUGAAGUUGUUUUAUUUAAACAAGGAGAGAGAGAGACUCAGUGUGGUUUAGUUGGGGAAGGCAGGCUGAGUUGGGGCAGGAGGGGUCUGACAGCCACCCAGGGCAGUAGGGAGGAUGAAGACCUGGGCACUUGGCCUCUGAUGGUGUCUGGAAGGACUCAGCCAGCCCACCUCACCCCUCCUUUUUCCCACAGCCCCAGGGCAGACCCCUGAAACCAAGGCAGGACCCGGAUUUUUUUCUCUCUUCCCAUUGGUUGGCCAGGCCAACAAAAGAUUGGUUCCCCAAUCAGAAAGGGAGGAGGUGGGGUCAGUCUUUUUCCUUUUUUUUGGUGGUUGUUGUUUUAAGAUUAAGAAAUCUGUUGGGGGAAAAGCAAAGUAUUAACUGGAGUAAUUUUUUUGUGUGUGAAGUUGAAGGUAAAAAGUUGCGGGUGGGUGGGGAACAGCAGAGUUCCCCCAGGACCACACCAGGAAAAAGCACUUUACGGGAGAUGUGUGUGUUGUACAGGCAGAUCGGAUCGUAGGUAUGUCAUGUGGACAAAACCUCCCAGUUCCCUCGAUUCCUUUCCUUACUUCACAGAAAGAAAAGAAAUCCAGCGAAUCUGUUUACAUUCCCGAAAUGCCAGGAUAAAUUGGGAGGAUUGCAUGUCGGUGCCCAGAGUUCGAGACAGUUGCUGUUUUACGAGAGAAAUGUUCGGGGGUGGACUUUUCUUUUUCGCGUCUUCUAGCUUCGCCAGGAGAGACGGUGACCCCCAUCUCCCAGGAAGAUUGGACUAGUCCCCCUCCCUUGGGGAGGGCGGGCCGCCAGCUCCCAGGAGAACGCCCGGCCGGACAGGCCCACCCAGAGGGACCCACGGGGGUGGGGGGCGGCUGGGAGCGGAGGCUUAGCACCCAGGCCCUGGUCGCAGCUCGGCUGGGAGUGCGGUGAAGGUCUGGGCUCCGGCUCGGAGCUGGGCAGGACUGGCACCCCGGCAGCUUCGGCGGGGCCAGGGAAGGAGGGGCGAGGGGAGGUUUCCAUCCAAGAGAGCGCAUCAGAACUUUUCCUUUUUCCUUCCCCCCCCCCCUUUCUUAAAAGCAAAAGCUAUAAUUUAUAGGCCUUUUCGAUUCGCGGAGUGUUCUCUAUUUGAACUCGACAUUCAAACUCCGCCAGAGGGGGAGGGAGGAGAGGGAGUUGGAGAAGAGACGGCCGGCGCGGCUGGGGAGGCCUGCGCGCGGCAGCGGGUCCCUGGACGCCCCCGCCCCGGCCGACUCGUGACCACGCUGUGUUCCAAGGACGCAGGACGCGCGCCCCUCUUUUGACUCAAAAGCACAAAUCUGCCCCCCCACAUCCCGGUCCCUUCGAGGACUGGUCCUGCGGCCUCCUCGCCCUCCCCCACCCUUAAAGGGCCAGAGGGAAUCUAACUUCCCAUUGCUAGUGGAGGGAGGGGCGAGGGGGCCCGGCGCUUUGGGAGGAAGCACAGACUCCCGGCGAUACAGGCGGGGAGCCGGGACUGAGGGGGAAACUUCUCGAUCCUCGGGGGAUUUGGCGGGGACCCCCGCCUGGUUUCUCUUCUGCACUCCCCGUAUUCCCACUCCCUCUUCGCAGCCUCUCCUCCAGACUUUCUUGCCUUUGAAGUGAGGGGGUAAAAAAGAGGAAGACGGAGUACUACAGGAUUUUUCUUUUUUAAUUAUCAAAUUGCGCCUAUAAAAAGCCCGUGGAAUGGGGAUUUUUAUCUGCUCACAUUUGUAAAACUGGUAUUUUAGACUUUGUAUAAAGAAGCGCCGUUGACCAAGUGUAUCUAUUUAAAUAUCGACGCUAUUUUCAGAUGAAACUUCAUUGAAGGGACAUGUCUGUUACCGAGUGGACGGUCAUUCCAGGACCCAUGUCUUUACCUGGCUGCCGCCUUCCCUCCCUCCUUUCCUGCCUUCACCCUCAUCUCCCUCCCUCGGGGCUGACUUUGCCUUUUCCCUCCGACCUUCCCCUGCCCUGGUUUGCCCCACCGCCUAUCUGUCCUGUCUUCUGUCCGUGGCCGUCCGCGUGUCUCCUUUGCUCGCUCUUGCGACGCUGACCUGGGGGUGGGUGGGCAGGGCAGGGGCUGCGGGGCUGGGCGUCUGCAACCGCGCGAGAUGUGCGGGUGUUGGGUUUAUUUAAUUCUAAGAUUUGUACAAAUCUCGAAUCGAUCUCCGCCUCAGCUCGAGUGAAGCUUGGCACGUAUCUUCUGCGGUUGUGAAUGUCUGUAUCCAAUACCGCUUUUUACGUGUUUAAAUAUAUACUUUGUAAAUAGA